GCUCGGCUCCCCCACACACCCCUAGGGCCAUUGUUUAUCAAGAUCUGAUAUCUAUAGGGAUUUUUGAAGUUCCAAAAAAUUUAUCAAUGCUCCCUCACUUGUUGCUAUUGCUGCUUUUGACACACGCUGGAUGGGUAACCACAGCAGAUGUAGGGAACUGUUCACUAGUUAAAAGCAUAUUCAUUUUAGCAGGGCAGAGCAACAUUUCAGGCCGAGGUGGAGUGGUUAAUCAUUCACACCGUCCCGGCUUUGUUAAUGAGUCGUGGGAUGGUGUCAUCCCACGUGAAUGUGAGUUCAACCCAUCAAUCCUCCGUCUAAGCGGAGGACUUAAAUGGGUUGAGGCUCAUGAACCACUUCACAAAGACAUAGAUGUGAACAACACUUGUGGGAUUGGUCCUGGAAUGCCAUUUGCCAAUACAGUUUUGAAGAAGGAUCCAAGUAUUGGAGUGAUUGGAUUGGUUCCUUGUGCUGUUGGAGGAACCAGUAUUACUGAAUGGGCUCCUGGCGGAUACCUUUACAAGGAGAUGAUAAAGAGGACUAAGGUGGCAAUGCGCUGCGGCGGCGGAAAGAUAAGGGCGUUGUUGUGGUACCAAGGUGAGAGUGAUACAAAGACACUUGAGGAUGCAAAAAUGUAUAAGGUCAGAUUAGAGAGAUUCUUCAGACAUGUGCGCCAUGAUCUGGAAUUGCCUAAUCUCCCUGUGAUUCAGGUGGGAAUUGCAACAGCACUAGGUCCAUACAUGGAGUUGGUCAGGAAAGCACAGCGAGAGAUAAAUAUCGGGAAUGUGAAAUAUGUAGAUGCCAAAGGCCUGCAGAUCGGACCAGAUUACACGCACCUGACAACUGCUGCACAAAUUCAGCUUGGACAGAUGCUCGCUGAUGCCUUCCUUCGCAAUUAGACGCUCCUAAAAUAGCGUAAUUCCAGAGUCUACAAUGAUUUUGGUUGAAAUUGUGUUGCUACUUUUAUAUAUCUCGCAUUUUCUCUGGUCUACAUAUAUAUUUCACGCACAGAGUCGAUGCUUAUUGAUAUUCAUCGGUUUCCGAAAUGAAUAUUAUAUAUAAUUGGUUUAUCUCAUGCUAUUUCAUUUUC